UCACUUUUAAAAGAGAUAAGAUGGGGUCCCGAGGGAUACCCUGGUCCCUGGCUGAUCAGGCGGGUUUAGUAGUUCUAGAUCUACUCUAUAAGAAAGCGUAUUCUCUAGAAUAUGAUUACAUGGUGGUCCUCCUGGAGGGUCUACCACACGAUGCUCAAACAUUUGAAGAUAAUCUUAAUCUGUCAGACUUCGACCCUGCCGAGGUCAUUCUCAAGUACUCGGCUAAACUAGAAGAGUAUAAGACUGAAAUAGGGAAGAAAAGAAAGGAAUCAGGCAACAAGAAACACAAACUAUUUAAUCCGGACAGCUUACACAAUUACGCAUUUCCUACCGUCUUGAGUAGAGAGCAUCCUAUCCCUGACGGUGUAGAUCGAGACGAAUAUAUUAAAUACAGGAAGUGUUUGUAUUUUGACGGGAUUAGGCAAACUAGAGAAGAACUGGUUUCUCUCCUUAGUCCUCCCGCCAUAGAUCAUCUACACCAGCUCCUGGUCAGUAUAUACAGGAGAAACAAGGAACCAGUGGAGAAGGGGGUGUUCACACUGCAAUCCAUACUCAUGACAGAGUUCACAUCAUCCUUCCUCAUCACAUCAGAAACCUUUUACAAUAAUUAUAAACAGAUUGGUGGGAUAGGUUUCAGAAAUAUUGAUACUAGGAUGGGACCUACUAUAAUUAGGUCCUGUCUCCAGGAUGGACGAAAACUAACCAACCUGGCGCUGGAGAGCGUGUGUACGGAUUCCCUACUGGAGGUGGUGGGUCAAGUAGCAACCAAUCUCAAGUACCUGAAUAUAAACCACAGCUUGGUUACUGAUAAAGGAUUAAUCGACUUGGUCGGGAUAAAGCUUGGUUCUACCGGAGUAAGACCUAAGCUAGACCGAACCUGUAAACCAAAGAAUUUCCCAGUAGAGAAAAUUGUUAAGAAUACAACUCCGCGUUGGAUCAAGAUUCCGGGGAAAGGUGCGGUGAACCUAGUUCACAUCGAGGCGAGCAAGUUAAACAGAAUUCAAUGGCCGACAGAACACUGCUCAUACACUGAAUAUAUAAAUGUUCCUGUGGAUUCAGGAUUCGUAGCUCUUCUUACCUACCUUCCUAAACUGAGAGUUUUCAUGACUGAAGUAGGCGGUAAGACUGUUCAAGCCUAUAUCCGAGGACGACAGAACAGAAAGAAGUAUAAGACUGAACCCCUACAGCUUGAAGUAUUGUCUGAGACCCGACCCACCACGGCAAUCCUCGACUGUUUGGCGGAAUAUUGUCCAAACUUGACGGAAUUGCAUGUGGAUUGGUCGGAAUCGUUUGGGCAGCCCAUGUCUACUCGGGAAAAAUGGAUUCCCAACCUUGGAAAGAUCUCUAAACUAUCACACCUGAGAAGCUUAAAUGUUGAUUUUCCAAGCAACAACCUACGUGAUACUCUGCCUGUUAUUGGAGCUAACCUAGUCAGUCUUCAUCUACAGGAUAUUAUGACUUUCCGAUACAGCUUAAUAAAACAAAUCAAAGAGAAUUGUUUAAACCUGGAGAAGUUCUGUUUUAUGAUGACGAGCAAUAACUUACUCGGAACCGGAGCUCAUAUAAUAGUAGAUAAGGACGUAGAUCUGAGGUUGGAGAACUGCUCUAGGACUAAUCCCAAGAGACUGUUUUCCAAGUUGAAAGAAUUACAUCUGGUUGGACCUCUAGGUUGUGAUUUCGUCCGGUAUACGCUCCACGGUUGUAAUCAUCUCACUUCUCUCACACUGGGUAUAGAGUGGCCAGACAUAACACUCUGCAACGUACGUCCAAUCUCUAGUAAGGAUCUCCUUGGUGAAGAAUUUUUAAAUGAAGUGCGCGGGGUAAACAGUCUUUCGGAACUAGAGCAGAUACAUUUCUUUGCUCAGCACAAGCGGGGCACCACCUGGUUGACAAAGGAUUUUGCCAUGUUUGUGGCCUCGGAAUUCAAGAAUCUAAAGCAUUUUGGAACUUUCAAGUUCUGGAACUUACGUCAUUUCGAUAUUCAGAGCCUUAUCAAGUCGAUUAGACAGAUCAACAAAACCAUCACGUUCGACGAGGAUUUUAGCGAGGGAAGAAGAGAUUGGAUGAAUGGGUUUAUGAAGGAUGACGAGGUAAGGUUACGCAAGAAACCUCCCCAGGAUAUGAGUAAGCUUGCUUGCAGCUGGAUACCUUUGAGGCAGGGUGGAAAUACUCUCAGUAUACUGGAUGAGGUAACUGAUAUGUUGGUUGUACCUGGAAUUAUCUGGGGAGAGAAUGAUGAAGAUGAUGAAGAGGAUGAUGAUGAUGAUGAUCUUGAGAAUGAGGAGAAUUCAGACGACGAAUCUUCUGACUUCUCCGACAAUGAGAACUUCGUCGUGGAGAAUUUUGGUCUGGGAGGAAUCCAGGAUCCUUUCUGUGUUAUCCAGUGAUAAAUAUCUUGUCAGCAUUAUUUUCUAUCUUGUCAUAUAUUCACAGAAUUUUUACAUUUCUUUUCUAAUUUCAUGUAUUUUCAGA